GCAUAUAAAAUCAAUCAACCACGUACCAGCCUGCACAUUUUUUUUCUUUCUUGAGCUGCAAAGAUCAGAAAAGAUGACUAAGUCACGCACAAGUUAUCCAGGUUCGGCAUCAUCAUCUAAGCUAGGAAUUGGAACAAGUUCAAACUUGAUCGCUAAGUUGAAGCCAAAGAUCAGGAUAAUCCAUGUGUAUGCUCCAGAGAUCAUCAAAACCGAUGCUGCAAAUUUCAGAGAGCUUGUUCAGAGGCUCACUGGUAAACCAGAAGAUGAUGAAGAAGAGAAAGGCAGGAAAAGAAAAACAACAAAGACCCCACCAAAGAGAUCAUUAGAUCCAGUAAUAGGUUUUCAAACCAAGCAGGGGAUGAUGGUUGUGGAAGAUCAACAAGAGCAAGAUUUUACGGCUCUGCAAAAUGGGUUAAGGAUCAAGAAAGAAGGAGAGAAUGAUAAUGAUAAUGGUGGUGGUGAUCAGAUGUUGUGGGGAAAGUCAUCAAGGUCAAAUGGAAAAUUCAGUGGUGGUUUCCUUGAAGGUUUCUCAGAAUUCGACUGUUUCAUGGAAGAGUUUGGCGCCAUGCCUGUAGUGUAAUCUAAUCUAGCUAAUUCCUUAGUUUCUACUUCUGUCUUGUUCUUCUUGUCUGUCUUUUUGGUUGUA